CAACAAUAUGGAUAGUAUCAGCCGUAAUUGCCCUGUUUUCUAGUACUUUUCUAUUUGACGCGGGAAAAUGUGGAUACCGACUGAACAUGAAAAAUACGGCGUUGUGCUGGCAAACUUUCGAGGAACGGUGCAGCAUGGACUCCCCCUGGAAAUCGGUGACACAGUGCAGAUUUUGGAGAAAUGUGAAGGAUGGUACAGAGGAUUCAUCACAAAGAAUCCAAAUGUAAAGGGAAUAUUCCCAAGCUCUUACAUCCACCUGAAAAAUGCCCAUGUCAAGAAUAAAGGGCAGUUUGAGACUGUCAUCCCCACCGAGGACUCGGUCAUUACAGAGAUAACAAUGACCUUGAGAGACUGGGGCACCAUGUGGAAGCAGCUCUACAUGAGAAAUGAAGGGGAUCUGUUUCACAGACUGUGGCACGUGAUGAAUGAGAUACUGGAGCUGCGGCAACAGGUUUUAGUUGGUCACCUCACCCACGACCGAAUGAGUGACAUCAAACAGCACAUCACAGCACGACUGGACUGGGGCAAUGAGCAGCUUGGUUUGGACCUGGUCCCCAGAAGGGACUUUGACAUGGUGGAUCCCGAUGAGAUCAGCGUCACCGAGCUGUAUCGACUGAUGGAGAGGCGUCAUCGUAGACACGAGCCUCCGCCACAGGCCAGCAUGCACCACCUGUUCCUUCAGAUGAAGAGCAUGAUGAGCUCAAACCUGGGGGAGGAGUUGGAGGUCUUCUUCUCUGUCUAUGACAGCCGUGAAAUGCAACCAAUCAGCGAGAGGUUCUUUGUGCGCCUCAAUAAGCAAGGGCUACCCAAGUCCCCUGAGAAAACUGAGAGGCAGUGUACACUCUUUGUUGAUUUGGGAAGUAGCGAUCUUCGCAAAGAUGUGUAUGUUGUAGCUCAUAUUUUUAGAAUAGGGCGCAUGGUCGCGGGAGAGAAGAAGAAUGUUAGUAAUACACAAUACAAGCGUCCCUACGGUUGUGCGGUGAUCAGUGUGGCUGACCUGUUGACGGCAGACUUUAAAGAUGACCACUUGCUGAAGAUUUUCUCAUGUAACACAGAGAGCGAGUGGUACCAAAUACAUGACAGCAUUAUCAGGAAGGUCAGCUCAAGAUACAGCCAUAUUGGCACCAAUACAGGCCUUAAUGUCUCACUCCAGCUCCUGCAUGGAGACAUGGAGCAGAUUCGUAAGGAUUACAUGCGUCUUUUCACUCGGAACGUCUCCAUUACUAAGAGACUUGGUUUCUCUGAUAUCAUCAUUCCAGGUGAAGUAAGGAAUGACCUGUAUGUAACCCUAGAGAGAGGUGAAUUUGAGAAAGGUGGGAAGAGUGUGGCACGUAAUGUGGAGGUCACCGUAUAUAUGCUGGGAGGUGAUGGACAGGUUCUUAAGGGUCUGGUUUGCUGUGGCUCUGGGGAGCCGGGAAUGGACGAGCACCGCUCUUUUGUCCUGUAUCACAGUAACAGCCCUCGCUGGGCCGAACAGAUCAAACUGCCCAUCCCUCUGGAGAUGUUCCACGGCACACAUUUACGCUUCGAGCUCAGGCACUGCUCCACAAAGGAGAAAGGUGAGAAGAAGCUUUUUGGCUUCUCUUUCGUCCCUCUGAUGCAGGACAAUGGGAGACCACUGCCUGAUGGGACCCAUGAGCUCAUUGUCCACAAGUGUGAGGAGUCCGCAGAUCUUCAGGAUCCUGCUCGGUACCUCAAAUUGCCCUUUUCUAAAGCCAGUCUCCAGCCGGGUAACAACCAGACAAUAAAGAACAGCAAAGAGUCCUUCUGGAUCCAGUCUUCUCUCUGCUCCACUAAACUCACUCAGAAUGGGGACAUGUUAGACCUGUUGAAAUGGAGAGUUCAUCCAGACAGGAUCAUUGACUGCCUCUCCAAACUGAAGGACAUUGACGGCACUGAGAUUGUUAAGUUUUUACAAGACACAUUGGACACACUAUUUGGGAUUUUAGAUGAGAGUCCUCAGCGAUAUGGACUAAAGGUGUUUGACUGCUUGGUACAUGUUAUAAAUUUGCUGCAGGACAGCAAGUUCCAGCUCUUCAAACCUGUUAUGGACAACUAUGUUGAGAAUCACUUUGCCGGUGCCCUGUCCUACAGGGAUCUGAUUCGUGUGUUGAAGUGGUAUGUGGAUCGUAUCAUUGAUGCUGAGCACCAGGAACAGAUCCAGCAGGUUUUGAAGGCGUCAGAGUACUUGUUUAAGCAUAUUGUUCAGUCUCGGCGUCUGUACAUGGCAGCCACCGGAGGACAGAAUGAAGAGGAAUUCCGCUGCUCUGUUCACGAGCUCUUUAAAUCCAUCCACCUCUUCCUGUCUCACGAGAGCAAGGGCAUCAGCCCCAUUAUGCACACCCAGGCUGUGUUCCUGAGAUCGUUCCCGACAGUGUGCUGUGAGCUGCUAAAAAUCUUCAGCAUGAGAGAGGUGGCAAAUCUGGCCCGUGACACACUGAGCAGCCUGCACGCUCUAACGCACACAGACUGCCCACUACAGGCUGUUAAACUGCAGUGCAUGGCCAAGACCGUUGAGAGCCCGCUUUACCUCAACCCAGAGUCAAGGUGUGUGUUGUUGCCGGUAGUGCUGCGCCUGCUGCACACACACCUGCAGGAGCAGAGAGAGCUGGUUCUGUGUGCCAACAUCCUGACCAGCAUGCUGACGCUCAACACACCCACUGCAGAGUGUGGAGCAUCUGAGGAGGUGAAUCUGGUCAUGGAGAGUCUGUCUGGUGUGUUACUCAAAACUAUACUGGAAGUGACCAACCGCCCUCAGCCUGCCACCACCUCCCUACGUCUGCAGUACCAGGAUGUUACUGGGGAAUUUGUUGCCUGCUUGCUCACUCUACUAAGGCAGCUGAAAGAUAAAGAAUACCAACAACUUCUCAGCAGGUUCCCCACUAAAGAUGAACUAACGAGUUUCCUCCUGCAGUUAUUCACCGUCUUUAGAAUACUUGUCCGACCGGAUAUGUUCCCAAAAGACUGGACUGUCAUGAGACUUGUCGCUAAUAAUGUAAUCAUCACCACUAUUUUGUACCUCUCCGAUACCCUGCGCAACAACUUCCUCAAUGAGAAAUUUGACUUCAAGGUAUGGGAGUCCUAUUUUUAUCUCUGUAUAAUAUUCAUCAACCAGCCCUGUCUCCAGCUCGAGAUGUUCCCGCCCUCCAAGAGGAAAAAAGUCCUGGAGAAGUAUGGCGACAUGAGAGUAAUGAUCGGUUGUGAAAUUUUCAGCAUGUGGCAGCAUUUGGGUGACAAUAAGCUAAAUCUUAUUCCCACCCUGAUUGGUCCAUUUAUGGAGGUGACUCUGGUACCACAGAUGGAUCUGCGGAACGUCCUCAUCCCCAUUUUCCAUGAUAUGAUGGAUUGUGAACAGCGACGGAGUGGCAACUUCAAACAGGUGGAGGCCAAACUGAUCGACAAACUGGACGGUCUGUUGUCAGAAGGCAAAGGAGAUGAGACAUACAGGGAACUCUUUAACAACAUAAUUCCAUUGUUUGGUCCGUAUCCAAGUCUCUUGAAAAAGAUCGAGAGAGAGACCUGGAGAGAGAGUGGAGUUUCACACAUCGCUACUGUCACGCGUCUGAUGGAAAGAUUACUGGAUUACAGGGACUGUAUGAAGAUCGGAGAGGUUGAUGGGAAAACAAUUGGAUGUAACGUAAAUCUUCUGAACUUCUACAAAACCGAGUUGAAUAAAGAAGAAAUGUACAUCCGUUAUAUUCACAAGCUCUAUGAGCUGCACCUGAAGGCACAGAAUUACACCGAGGCAUCAUACACCCUCCUGCUGUAUGAUGAGCUGUUGGAGUGGACUGAACGGCCCCUCAGAGAGUUCCUCACAUAUCCCAUGCAGAGUGAGUGGCAGAGGAAGGAAUGCCUCCAUCUCACCAUCAUACACAAUUUCGACAAAGGGAAAUGCUGGGAAAACUGCAUCAUACUGUGUCGAGAGUUGGCAAGCCAGUAUGAGACGACUUAUGACUACAGGAACCUCAGCAAAAUGAGGAUGAUGGAAGCCUCGUUUUAUGACAAAAUAAUGAACCAGCAGCGGCUAGAGCCCGAAUUCUUCAGAGUCGGUUUCUAUGGCAAGAAGUUCCCCUUCUUUUUAAGGAAUAAAGAGUUUGUGUGUCGAGGGAACGAUUAUGAGCGUCUGGAGGCAUUUCAGCAGAGGAUGCUCAGCGAGUUUCCUCAUGCCAUUGCCAUGCAGCAUGCCAACGUGCCCGACCAGACCAUCCACCAAGCGGAUGCGCAGUAUCUGCAGGUCUAUGCUGUUAGUCCUGUCCCUGAAAACCAGGAUGUCCUGCAGAGAGACGGAGUGCCCAAUAACAUCAAGAGCUUCUACAAAGUCAACCAUAUUUGGAGAUUCCGCUAUGACAGACCUUUUCACAAGGGCACCAAAGACAAAGAGAAUGAGUUUAAGAGCCUGUGGGUUGAAAGGACGACACUGACCCUCGCUCAGAGUCUUCCUGGCAUCUCUCGCUGGUUUGAGGUUGACAAAAGGGAACUGGUGGAGAUGAGUCCCUUGGAGAACGCCAGCGAGGUGAUUGAAAAUAAGACACUGCAGUUAAGAACGCUGAUCGCUCAGUGUCAGAUGAGGCAGAUGCUGAAUAUCAACCCUCUCACCAUGUGCCUGAACGGAGUCAUUGACGCCGCUGUCAACGGAGGACUGGCCCGAUACCAGGAGGCAUUCUUUGCGAAAGAUUACAUCGCAAAUCAUCCAGAGGAUGGAGAAAAAAUUACGCGUCUUAGGGAACUGAUGUUUGAACAGGCCCAUAUUCUGGAAUUUGGUUUAGCAGUGCACGAGAAGUUCGUACCGCAGGACAUGAAGCCGUUACAUAAAAAGCUUGUAGACCAGUUUCAUGUAAUGCGCUCCAGUCUGGGUAUUCAACAACAAGAGUUUCCUGCUUAUGUACGAGUUAGUCCAUUGCAUUUGACCAAUGGCAGUUUGCGCACCUGUAGGACCCCUGUGCCUAAUGCCAUCAGCCCAGAGGGAGGCAGAAUCGUGGCAAGACGCAGCCCCCUCAGCUAUCCAGCUGUCAACAGAUACUCCUCAUCCUCACUGUCAUCACAGGCCUCAAACGAAGUGAGCAACAUCACCGGCCAAUCAGAGAGCUCGGAUGAGGUCUUCAACAUGCAGCCCAGUCCGUCUACCUCAAGUCUCAGCUCAAAUCACUCUGGUUCACACAAUGUAAACAGCUCUGCGCCCUCCAGCAACAGAGCUUCUCCAUUGCCGUCUGACAAGCACAAGCACUCCAGAGAUAAUGCCUCUCUCUCUCCGCGGGACAGACUCUGCAGUGGCAUGUUUCCUAGCCCGCUGGAUCCCACACAGAGGAUGAUUCCUUUCCAAAUCCCAGUGGAUACAGCAUUACCACGCUGUGAACCUAAUCUUCCCACACCUGAGACGGGAUCUCUGUCCAAGAAUGUAAGGUCACUUUCUCCCAUGCCAACAGCAAGGUCCCCUCAGAAGUCAAUGAUCCCACCCCUCACACCCUCCCCCACUGAUGGCUUGCCAACGGGGAGCCUGGUAUCUCACUCGCCCGCCCGCUCUGGCAGCUACAGCAGUGGCAUCUCCUCCCUUAGCCGCUGCAGUGUCUCUGAAACCUGCGGGAUCGACCUCCCACUGCCUGACCCUCCUCUGCCCCCUAUCGUUCCCACAGAUGCACCCAUUCGCCGGGGCAGCAAGACCCCUCCGCCCUACAGUGUCUACGAAAGGAACAAUCCUCGGCGGAUGACACCACUUCCCCACAGUCUGUCAGUGCCGCCCAGUACUGACAACCCCAGUCUGACCGCAAAACCCCAGUUGAAUCGCAUACAGCGAAUUAAUUCAGAACCUCGCCACCGGCCCACCCCCAGAAAGGUCUCCCAGCUGUAGCAUGUCAGUUGGCCUACGUGGGACUACUUUUAUGGGAAAACUGGGACUACUUGACUUUUCUUUUGUUUUUUUGUUUUUUUAUAUAUAUACAGUAUUUUACUGCAAAAUUACUUUUGGCCAGUUUAUGAAUCAUAAUUGGAAAUGUUUUUAAAUGCAAGAAGGUACAUUUACUUUUCCCUUUGUCGUUUAGCAUUUUUCAAUAUUUUGGUGGGCUUUUUAGCCUUUCAUUUAAGCCGAAAGUAUGCUUUUGUUUUCUAUUUGCUGCUUCGUCUCACGCAGAGUGUGGUUUCGUAAAUUUUGUCAUCAGCAGGGUCUGGACUGACUGUCCACGACCUGGAAUUGACUGCAGUUGCAGUGUGCAUCUGUCAAACAUGACAGAACGGUCAAUGGAGUAUACUUCGAAAAGCUACAAUACUCGACCAUGCGUGAAACAUAAUGGCAGGUGGAAAAAAACGAAGUAUACCCUAGGCCAAAUUGAGGCAGACGGGAAAGUGGGAGCGAGAGAAGGGGAUCAGGAUCAGGACAUGUUCCAAGCCGGAUUUGAACCCUGCCAAUGCUGUGUGCAAGUGUGCUACCUCCUGCGCCACAAGAGGAAACUAAAACAGAAUGUGCUAAUUUCGAUCAUGGAUGUUUUGCUAUUUACAUUCUUUGAUAUUAUAGAAAUCAUUGCAAUUUUAUUUUACAUUUGCAUAUACAGUGAUUUGGUGACAAUUUUGUGAAUGGCCCUUUAGAUGGUGAGCUCAUUCUAGUUCAUUUGUAUAUAUCUCACUCUCAGUUACCUAAGCUGAACUGGACUGAACUAGACAUCUUGCUGUCUCUCUGACAAGCAGUUACAGCUGGAAAUGUCAAUUUAUUAGAAAAGCCAUGAAGAGAUUAUGUACGCUUUGAAAUGGCAUGUCAUUUACAGCAAAAUACGAAGAUCUGGCAGGUCCACAUCCCAUUUGGAGAGCUCUGAAACCUAUUGCUAGCAAGGAGUACAAAUUCAAUGUCUGUACAGUGUUCCUUUUCACACUACAAGAGUUUUUAGUCUUACAUAAGCUGAGGUGUGCAGCUAGCCCUGCAUCUCAUUUUAUCUGCUUUGUACUUUCUGGAGUGGCUAAAAGGUGCUACAUAUUUCUUAGUGGUUUUUUUUCUAAUGUAGCCUUGUAUCUACCGAAACUGCCUGACCGUUAAAUGUGCCAUGUGAUGAAAUGGUGUGGUCUCUGAGUAUUGUGCCAAAGACGCAAGCAGUAUUAACUUCUUUGUCAGUGAGAGUAGUUAGGAAAGCUUAACUGAAGUUACUGUGACUGCUAGUGCUCAACAAUGUGAUUCUUAAACAGUGUGCAGAGGCAUAGAUCAAGACUGCAUGGGGCAUGAGCAAUACAAAGCAAUAUAACUGUUGUAGUUUGCAGAGAGUGAUAUAAUCUUAAUACAAAACAUCAUCUAGUUCUGAAAUGAGUUUUCCCUGCAGCCUAGUCCCAAAUCGGGUUGGUCUACUACAAUCACUUCUAAACGUUAUUGGGUAGAUUUUCAAAAAUGUUCCUGUUAUUUCUUGGUCUUUUACAUUUUAAAUCUGAGAGGACUUUCGCAUUAAGGUCAGAGAUUCGAUUUGUACUUUCUUUUUUGAACUCCUGUUUGCUGUUUUUGUUUUAUAUACCCACCAGCCACUUUAUUAGGUACACCUGUACAUCUUCUUAUUCAUGGGAUUAUCUAAUCAGCCAAUCAUGUGGCAGCAGUGUAAGGUAUGAAAUCAUGCAGAUAUGCAUCAGGAGCUUCAGUUAAUGUUCACAUCAACUAUCAAAAUGGGGGGGGGGUGAUCUCAGUGAUUUAGACAGUGGCAUGUUUGUUGGUGCCAGAAAAGAUGGUUUGAGUAUUUCUGUAACUGAUCUCCUGGGAUUUUCACACAAAACAGCCUCUUGAAUUGACCAAAAACAAGAAGCAUCCAGUUAGCAGCAGUUCACGAAAAUGCCUAGUUGAUGAGAGAGGUCAACGAAGAAUGGCCAGACUGGUUCAAGCUGACAGAAAGGCUACGGUAACUCAGAUAACCACUCUAUACAAUUGUAGUGAUCAGAAUAGCAUCUCAGAAUGCACAAUGUGUCAAACCUUGAGGCGGACGUUGGGUUCCACUUCUGUCAGCCAAGAACAGAAAACUGAGGCUGCAGUGGGCCUUCCGUUUGUUUACCUCUUUAGAAAUACAGUUUUGUCAGACCAGGCUAUUUGUUUCCAGUCGUCUACUGUCUAGUUUUGCUGAACCUGUGCCUACUGCAGCCUCAGAUUCCUUUUCUUGGCAGAUAAUAGUGGUACCCGGAGGGGUCUUCUGCUGCUGUAGCCCAUCUGCCUCAAUGUUCGACAUGUAUGUGUAGAAAUGCUUUUCUGCAUAGAAAUGUUGUGACAUGUUUAUUUGGGUUACUGUCACCUUCCUGUCAGCUUGGACCAGUCUGGCCAUACUCCUCUGACCUCUAUCAUCAACAAACCGUUUUCACCCACAAAACUGCUGCUUGCUGGUUGUUUUUUAUUUUUUGCGCCUUUCUCUUUAGACUCUAGAGACUGUUGUGUAUGAAAAUCCCUGGAGAUCAGCAGUUACAGAAAUGUUCAAACCAGCCCGUCCGGCACAAAGAAUCAUGCCAUGAUCUAAAUCACUGAGAUCACAUUUUCCCCCAUACUGAUGGUUGAUGUGAUUAACUGAAGCUCCUUGAACCAUAUCUGAAUGAUUGUUUACAUUACACUGCUGUAUUUUUUAUUUUUUUUUGUUGAUAAAAAUAAAAGUUAUCCUUUUUUUAAGCAUCUCAUUUUAAUAAAAAAAUACCCUAAAUGAAUCCUCACCCUAUUUUAUCUUAAACUGUACAUUAUAUGUAAUUCUUUAUCAUUGAAACAUUCUAAAAUUAUAAAACAUUAUAUACAAACACGUGCAGCAAGUUUCUGCUUCAAAGUUAUAUGUGAAAACAUUACAUUCUGAAACAUCAGAUUCAGUCUAAUUAUAAAAAGACAUUCCUAAGAAAAAAUACAUAAAAUUGCAACAUUUCAUACAAUCUCAGUUGAUGGUAACAAACUGCUUUUUCACUGCCAUACUGAUAGCCCACAACACUUUAAAUUAUUAUUGAAUAAUGCAUAUUUGAUAUAUAGUAUAUUCUUGUUGAAAUCAAGAUUACAAAUUUGCACCACAGAGCACCAGUAGAAAUCACUUUACAUUGUCGAUUAUAUUGUUGAUCACAAAUAGAUAAUUGAAAUAGUUUAUAUGUGAUGAAAUUGUUCACAUAUUGCAAUUUAUUAUAAUUUUUAUUUUUUGUAUAUAAAUAAUGUUCUUCAAGUGAAAAUACUUGCUUGCUUUAGCCAACCUAAAACAUUAAAAGCAUGAAGAACAAAAUUAACAUUGGAAUGAUUACAAAAUAUCUACAGAUGGGCACUGUAAAUUAUUUGCUUGUAAUCUAUUUUAUUAAUGGCUUUGCAGCUAUGUACUCAUAUUCCCAUGUAAUGAGAAUGGCUCAUUUUAGGCAAUCAUGUUUUGUAAAAGUUGCAGCACUUCAACUCUAGCCACGCUUGUAUUUUUCCUCUCCUUUUUUUCCUCUCCUUUCACUGUCCUUUUUUAUGGAUUAUACUCUUUCUGUUCAAUUUUUUGAACUUGUAAAGUUGUACUUUAUAUCAUACGAUGGGAUGAAAGUAUUCCAUAUAGCCUGUAUAACAGAUUUUGUACAAAUGGUGUUUAUAUGAAAAUGUAACCAGUUCAUAGCUUUGAAUGUUGCAACUAAAGUUUUUAUUUGUAAAUGUUGAAUAUUAACUAUCAAACAAAUAAAGGUUCAU